GUUGCAUAUAGUGGGUUCAAAGUGGGGGAGUUGCAUAUAGUGGGUUCAAAGUGGGGGAGUUGCAGUCACACAGUAAUGUAACAAUGGGAAGCGAGGGUCAAAAUGAAAAUCACUGGUGAGAUUAAACGCAAUGAGAGUCUGGGUACGGUGGUGUGUGUGUGUGUGUGUGUGUGUGUGUGUGUGUGUGUGUGUGUGUGUGUGUGUGUGUGUGUGUGUGUGUGUGUGUGUGUGUGUGUGUGUGUGUGUGUGUGUGUGUGUGUGUGUGUGUGUGUGUGAGAGAGAGAGCGCUCUUGCACUCUAUAAAGAGGAUUAUUAUCGGUGCUCUGUUCAGGGGGAUUUAGAUUCUAACAGCAUGACUUAAUUAUGGAUUAUGACCAGGUAGAGAGAAAGGUUUAUAUUAUACAACCCCCCACCUUGACUGAACUCAACACCCUAAAGCUGGGGCUGGAGAAGACUUGAUAGAGCCAAUUUGUCUCCAAAUUAAUCAUUUAUAUGUCUCCAACUAAACCAAAAAAUUAAAUUAAAGAAUAGGACUAAAUCGAAUUUAAUCAAACUUUAAAUGCAUUUAUUUAGUCAUGUUCUUUAACUUAGAUUUUUGGUUUAGAUGGAGACGUGAAUCUAUGUUAAUGAUUAACUUGAAGAUUACAUUUCAAAUCAACCAAAGCUUGAAACCCUAAGCCUCUGCUGUAUGUGUUGUCUAUCUUUUGGUUGAAUUGCAGAUGCUAUACAGGCCUAAAUAUUAUUAGUGAUGAUAUAUGACUUAUAAAGUAUGGUUACAUUUCAUUUUCUCUGUUAAUAAUAUGAAAUAAUAAAUAUGUAUUUUCUUUUUUAGAGGAAAAGUGUCGCAGUUUUCUUUCUUUAACUCCAGGAGGUGAAAAGGGUCAAUGAUUCUGCAGUGUCAAGAUUGUAUGUUGGUACACAUUACACAGUCAUGACACAGUUGUACUGUAAUCGUCCUCUCUCUGCCUGCAGGAAUGUUGUGGUUGUCGGUGUCAAUGGAGCUCAUGUAUGUUGGGCUGCUGUGUAUCAGCUGUGUGCUGCUGUCUCUUCAGUUGUGUCUGGAUGCCUUUUGGCCCUCACAGAUCUGGGGACAGCUCCUCAAUGCCUACUCUGCAGUCUUCACUAUAUUAGGAGGGUUACUGGGAAUGGUGGCUCACAAGAUGUUCAUGCAGGUGUUUCAGACUACUGCCUCUAUGGGUCCAGAGGACUUCAAACCACACAGCUAUGGCUACUCCUGGGGCUUUUAUGUGGCAUGGCUGGCCUUUACCUGCUGCAUGUUGUCAGGAGUCUCCACCCUCAACAACUACACCAAGAGGACUGUAACGGAGCAGAGGUGCAAAGCUCGCCUCUACCCCCCUCGAAUUCCCUGACAUAGAGCCCCUGCUUCCCCCGGCCCCCUACUACUGCCCUCCGCCCCCAAAUGUCCCCACCAUCUCCAGAACUUUCACCCUACUAUGACUCCCCUUCGCCACCCCCAACCUCAUCACCCCGUCCACCCUCUCACUCCCCCACCCAGAAUACUUCCCACCUCCCCAGUCCCACCCUGUUCCUGUCCCCCUAUCACCGCCACUCCCUCCCCGGUACACACUCCCCCACCCCCUGUUCCCGUCCCCCUAUCACCGCCACUCCCUCCCCCACUGGUACACACUCCCCCACCCCCCUGUUCCCGUCCUCAU